GAGAGCGAGAGAGAGAGAGAAAGAGAGAGAGAGAGAGAGAGAGAGAAUAUUCACAUCUUACUGAUUCACUGGUCGCUGCAGUUUAUCAACACUGUAUUGAGAGCCAGAAAAACAGAAAGAGAGAGAGGUGUUAAGACAAACAGGACAGACAGAAGUGGACACUGACUUAAUAGAGAGAGAGAGAAAGCAGGACACAGUGACCACAGCGAACUCAGAGGGCUAUAGGUACCACACAAGAAGAAGUUGGACAAACAGACAAAGGAAGUCCAUCAAACCAUGGACGAUGUAUCACUCCACCAGGAGGAUUCUGGGAACGAUGCAACAGCCAACCAGAUAGAGGACAACAACAACAAUCAGACAGAGAGAGAAGCUCCAGUCCAGGAGUGUGACCCCCCGAAGAGAGAGCACCUGGCGGAGGACACAGUGGAAGGUCAUAGGGUCAAGUCAGGGGCUAAUAGGGUGAAAACUCCAGAACAGGCAACAGGGGCUAGCAUUGAAAACAUAGAGGAGUCUCAGACUGUAACCGACGCCAAUGAGGUUAAUGGUGAAGAGGCUUGUAAGGGUGAGGAAGGGCCGUGUCAUGGUGCAGACACCGGAGAAACAGAAGACCCCAAAUUGGUGAAAGGAGAGGGGGAAAGUGAGAUGGAGGAGCACAAGAAUGGAAAGGGGCAAGAGGUGGUCAAGAAUGGAGAGAUUGAGAAAAAGAAAGAGGAGCUGAAAGAGGACAAAGAGAAGGGGGGAGAAAAUAAUGCCAAGAAAGAGGGGAAGGGGGGGAAAAUAGAAAAGAGAAAAGGAGAUGAAGAGAAGAGGAAAGACAGAAAAAUAAAGGCAGGGAAGGGAGAGGGAGAGGCAGGGAAGGGAGAAGCAGGGAAGGGAGAGGCAGGGAAGGGAGAGGCAGGGAAGGGAGUGGCAGGGAAGGGAGAGGCAGGGAAGGGAGUGGCAGGGAAAGGAGAUGGAGAGGCAGUGAAGGGAGAGGAAGGGAAGGGAGAGGGAGGGGAGGCACCAGAGAACAAGAGCAAACCAGUAAAAGAAAAGGAAGGGGCGGGAGGAGGAAAGGUUAAAGAGAAAAGCAAGGAGGUGGAGAAGCAAGGGAAGACCAAAAGAAAGAGUGUCUUGAAUCCCACCGCCUCUACCCCAUCCUCUGCAGCCCCCUCUGUGAUCCGACCCCGGAACUCUGCCCGCUCUGCCCGGAUGUCCAGAAAAAAUGACAUCAUAGCAAAGUUCCAGCAAAAUGCACCUGAGACACCGGUUGUCCGCAACUUCAAACUUCAGAGAUCAUCUAUGGCUGUGGCAAGUGGGGCAUCAAUCAAACAGAAAGUGCUUUCAUGGUGUGCCAACAAAACACGCAACUAUGAGGGCGUUUCCAUAGAGAACUUCUCAUCUUCAUGGUGUGAUGGGCUGGCGUUCUGUGCACUCAUCCAUCGCUUCUUCCCAGAUGCUUUUGACUUCUCAGCCCUGAAGGCAUCUGAGAAAGAGAAGAACUUCACCCUGGCCUUCAACACAGCAGAGACCAUGGCUGACUGCUACCCCCUGUUGGAGGUUGGUGAUAUGCUCCUGAUGGGGAACAGACCAGAUCCUAUGUGUGUGUUCACCUAUGUCCAGGCUCUUUGUCACCACCUCUCCAAAAUAGAGAAGGAGAAGAAGGACAAGGAAGAAAUGGAGAAGAAGGACACAGCAGAGGAAAAGAAGAGUGAAAAGAUGACCGACGGAGAGGUAGAAACCACUACAGAGAAGAAAGAGGAGGAGAGUGUGGGAGGGGAGAACAAAGGAAAAGAUGGGAAAGAGAAAGAAAGCGAGGAGAGCUCAGCGGUGGAGGGAGAGAAAGAGAGAGAGGAAAGAGAAGUUGUAGUGUUAGUUGAAGGGCAGGCUUAAGCUAACGCUAAAGGUACAUUGAAAAGACCAAAGGAGAGAGAUUCAGAGAGAUUAAGAAAGACUUAAGCUACAUCAUGAAGUAGAGUCUUACAGUGUUCAACGCGAUUGUGUGUGUAGCGUAUAUGAGCAUCAUUUCUUAAAGAGUGACACAUUACCACUGUGUAUUCAAAAGCUGGCUUUGUGAAGGUUUGGAAUUAUGCUCAGAUUCCAACAAUGUGUGUCAAUUGUAACCUGUUGUGAUAUUUUAAACAUGAUUUAACAUGCUGUGUUUUGGAACUUUGCGCAGAGGAACAUUAAACGUCAGUGUGUAUUA